CAGAUGUAAACAAACAAAGGAGGAAGGCUGUAACUUUUUGUGAAAAGUUUUAAAAAUGUUGUUACGUUCAGAUAAGAUUAAUUUAAGCUUGUUCCUUCUAAUAUGUGUGUUUUUCAGAACAGAUUGCACAGUUUCCAAUGCAACAAAGGAAGCUGACAAAAUCCAGGCAUUUGUAAUUCCGCAUAGCCACAUGGAUGUUGGUUGGGUGUAUACUGUAGAGGCUAGUAUGAGGGCUUAUGCUGCAAAUGUGUAUACAACAGUGGUUGAAAAUCUUGUGAGCCACCCAGAGAAACGAUUCAUUGCUGUUGAACAGGAGUUCUUUAGACUUUGGUGGAACAAUGUUGCUAACAAUACACAAAAGGAUAAUGUUCACGACCUCAUUGAGAAAGGUCAAAUGGAGUUCAUCAUUGGGGGUCAAGUAAUGAAUGACGAAGCAGUGACCGAAUAUAGCGCAAAUAUUCAACAACUUACUGAGGGCCAUGCUUUUAUCUAUGAAACUUUUGGAGUUCGACCUCAGUUCUCGUGGCAUGUUGACCCAUUUGGAGCAACUGCCUCUAUGGCAACAUUAUUCUCGUUGGCUGGAUUUAAUGCACAUCUUACAUCACGAAUAGAUUAUGAUAAAAAGGAGGCAAUGAUGAAAAACAAAGGCCUUCAGUUUGUUUGGCAGAGUACAAAAUCAUUUGGAGCCUCAAGAGAAAUAUUCACUCAUGUUAUGGAUAGCUAUAGCUAUUGUGUUCCAUCAGAUCUCCCCUUUUCAAACAGAUCUGGAUUUUAUUGGAAUGGCAUUGCAGUGUUCCCUGACCCACCCAGCGAUGGUAUAUACCCCAAUAUGAGCUUACCUGUCACUGAAGACAACCUGAAACAAUAUGCUGAUGUAAUGGUUGGAAAUAUCAAACAGAGAGCAGCAUGGUUCAAAACAAAUAAUGUCCUCUGGCCAUGGGGGUGUGAUAAACAGUUCUUUAAUGCUACCAUACAGUUUAAGAAUAUGGACAAGCUGCUAGCCUACAUUCAAGAGGCCUCAACUGACUACGGUGUUUCUGUUAAAUACGCAACGUUGGGGGAGUACUUUGAAGCUCUUCAUGCUACUAAUGUAUCAUGGGAUGUGAAGAGUGAUGGUGACUUUGUACCUUAUUCCUCAGGACCUCAUGAAGCUUGGACAGGUUUCUACACAUCCAGAAACUUUCUCAAGGGCUUGGCAAGGCAUAGCCAAUCACUGCUACAUGCAGGAGAAUGCCUCUUUUCAAUGUACACUCACUUACCAAAUGUCACCACAACAAUAAAUGAGACAGUCGCACUCAAAAAGUUGAAAGCACUUCGAUGGGCAUCUGCAGAGGUUCAACACCAUGAUGGGGUGACUGGAACUGAGUCACCUGUUGUACGUGAUAUGUAUGUGUCACAUUUGAGCUCAUCAGCUGAUGGUGUCAGAGAUGCAGUUGAAGAAAUGAUUGAAGGGUUGAUCAGUAGGAAUGCUAAACAGGAAGUCAAGUUUAAAGUUCAUGUCCUUGGAAAUAAAAACAGUGGUGCACUUCAAGUAUUAAAGGAUUCUACAAAACCGGUGCCCAUCAUAGUUUACAAUCCCCUUGGCUGGUCAAUGAACAGAACCAUCAGGCUGAACGUUACAGGCAAGAAUAUCUCUGUCAAGGAUGCAGAUGGUAAAAGGGUUCCUGCUCAGAUAGUACCCCCUUUCAACAAGGAUGAUCACUAUCAGUUGUUCUUCUUUGCUGAUGUACCAGCAAUGGGCUAUACAACUUACUUUAUUGGAAAUGGUUACCAUAGCAACCACCACACACAUCAAUCACAUGUGACUUCAUCUAUAGCCUAUCGUAAGUUGAAGCCGACAAAAAAAUCAAAAGGAAGAAGUAACCAUGCGGGCAAGACAUUUGUUGCUAUUAGCAACCAAUGCUACAAGAUUACAGUUGAUAAAUCAACCAACCUUCUGGAGUCUAUAACACUGAAAGAAUCUGGAAAACAAAUGAAAUUUCAGAAUAUCUUCAUGGAAUAUGAUUCUCAUACUGAUGUUGCCAAUGGACAGGUUUCUAACAACUACAUAUUCCGACCAAAAGGAAAUGCCCAGGUUGUAGGUCAAAAGGUUGUGUUGGAUAUUCUCAAUGGCGCAUUAGUUCACGAAAUUCGACAAAGCUUUUACAACCUUUCUGAAGAUAAACCAAGAUAUAUGGUGACUCUCCGUCUAUAUACAAUUCCUGAUCACUAUGACAACCUAAUUUGUAACCGCCUUGAAAUGGACUUGAAGGUGGGACCACUUCUGAUGAACAAGGAACUUGUUACAAGGUUUACUACUAGUGUCCACAAUGGUCGUACUCUGUACACUGAUGAGAAUGCAUAUCAGAUGAUGAAGCGACCACCUCGCUACAAUGUGUCAGAACCAAUUGCGCAGAACUAUUAUCCAAUGGUGUCGACUGCAUUUAUUGAAGAUGUGAAAUCAGACAUCCGUUUUACCGCCCUCUCAGAACGAACACACGGUGUGAGCAGCCUUGGUGAUGGUGAGAUUGAGAUUAUGCUACAUCGUCGACUGAUGAACAAUGAAUUUGAAGAUCAUAAUUUCAACCUGACACUGAAUGAUUCAUCAGUUGUGCAGCCUAGGCUUUGGCUUUUACUUGGCAACAAGACACAUUUGAGUCUCCUCCAACACCAGUCUAGACUCCAACUGGAGAACCCACCAUUAGUGAUGUCAGUUGAUUAUAGUCAAGAAGAUCUUGCUGCUAGAUUUUUUCACUCCAGAAAAGAUAUGACAACUCAUGCAUUUAUAACCAAAUGGUGUGAACUGUUCAACACUCGUUUUUCCACCCUUGCUGCAGACCUUCCUGCUAAUGUUCACUUGUUAACAUUGAAGACACCGGGCUGGAACUACGACAGUAAUCACUUGAAACAAAUAGAAAAAGUCAAAGAAACCAUCAUUAGAAAAGAUGGAAUACAGAAAUGGAAAUUGACAGUGAAUACAAAAAGAUUGAUGGUACGGUUCCAUCAUUUGUAUGCGAAGGGAGAACACCCUUCAAUGUCGAAGGCAGUUGCCAUAGAUGCCCAGAAAUUGCUGGCAACAUUUGGGAAGAUAUCAGUUAUUGAUGAGCGUAGUUUAACUGGACUUUGGUCGAAAAAAGAUUUAAAUCGUUGGAAAUGGAACACAAAUGAUGAAUGUGGCUCUACUAAUACUCCAUAUCAAGUAGAGGGAGCUCUAACAGGGACUACAUUCACGAUUGUUCCACAAGACAUCCGAACAUUCUUUGUAGAAUUCUGAAUAACCAAAAGCACACGAUAGUAGCUUCGGUAUUGAGACACACCUCCACUGGUGAUAAAUAUAGAUGAUAAUAAUUGUUUGAGAGAAAAACAUAUUGUCCCCAGUGGGGUAUCACGGAGAGGCGCACACCCCUAAAAAAUACUCACGCCACCUCAGUCGCCCCUAAAAAUCACGCUGAAAUACUGUAGUUGAAAAUCACUCAAAUUACCUUAUUUUGUGAUCUAGCACCCCUCACCUACUUGUAUAUCAAGUCCCCACUUCACCUUCUUGUUCCCCAUCAGCCCCCAUUUCAAGACUCCAGAUACGCCACUGUAUGUCCCCAUUGGGAUGAUCAAGUUUUGUGUUUUGGUAAUUACCAUAUGUUGUGUUAAGUAAAUUUAUCAUUAACGUUUAUGUCUAUGUGUAUUAAGGUUAUUGAGGUAUAGAUGUUGUUUAAUAUUGUAUUUAUGAUUUUUUUCUAUAUUUUAUAGAAUCGAAUGAGACAUUUUAUAAACAUAUUCAUUCGAACUCAAACCGUAGUAUAUCUACAUUUGUAUUGCUAACCUGCAUAGUUGUCUGACUCCUUAUCCACAGUGAGUGCAACUGGUAGUCUGAGAGAUGAGUCGAAUUAGUGCAAAUAUUUUACCAUUUGUCUUAAUAUGAUUUUUGUGUGGAACAUACCGUGGUACAUCUGGAACACCAAGUCUUAAGUAUUGUGAGCGGUGCGCUUUGAGGUCAGAGGUCGAUGAACUACUUUUUGACCAAUAUCUAUAUUUUAGGGCACAGCAGUAGAAAACAGGCAUCAAAAUUAUUGGAAUUAUGCUAAUUUUAAAGCUGAGGGAUCAUACUAAAUAGUGGUUAUCACUAAAUGUCAUUUUGGCAAUUAUUUUUGGAAAAACUCCAUAUAUUUUCCAUAAAAUUUCAUAUUUCUAUUUUGAUUAAUUACCAAUAUGUUAAUUUGAAAUACUUCAGAUUUUUGUCAAAACACAUAUAUCAAAAAGAAUUUUGAUUUUCCUUCACACAUACAGGUUAUAAUGAGAAAAUAGUGAUUUUCACUUAUUUUUGGGAAAAAAAUCACAAAAAAUGCUAUCUUGUUAACCAUUUGUCAUAGAGAGCUAAAUUAUGUAUCAAACUGAUGGCAAAAGACAUGUUUAUAUUCAACAUAAUGGAAGUUUUAGGGGUGUGUUCGGACGAAAACGGGAAAAAAAUUACAUAGGGUUUUUACCGGUAUUGUAUCCACAGGUGGUUUGUGCAGAACUCACCUUUCAGAAAAACCAUUCUCGGACGUAAAACCUGAGGUAUUAUGCAAAUGAUGAGUUUCUAUCAAUUAGUUUCCCUGGACCCUUGCGUCACUUCACACUUUAAUUAAGAAAUGGACUUUGGCGUUGGCCCACUGCAUUAUGUUGUUUUCUCAAAAUCAUGUAAUGAAAUUACCGCAGCUACGACAAUAAUAAAGCAUACAUUGCAAACUCCCAAUAAAUCGCAGAUGUGCAUUUUGGGCAUAUGAA